AUGCAUCCCACCCUCGCCUUGACCUACAACGAGCGCUCGGAGCUGCCCAACCUCACCCCGCUGGCCACGUACCUCUUGCGCCUCGUGCACGUCAAGCGAACCAACCUCUGCGUGUCCGCCGACGUGACAACCACCAAAGAGCUGCUUCAGAUUGCCGAAGACGUGGGCGACCACAUUUGCGUGCUUAAAACGCAUGCCGACAUCAUCAGCGAUUUUGGCGAGAAGACAAUCCGCGGACUCAAUGAGAUUUCACGGCGCAAGAAGUUUAUCGUAUUUGAAGACCGAAAGUUUGGAGACAUUGGCAGCACGGUGCAGCAUCAAUAUGUAGGCGGCCCACUGACUAUCGUUCGCUGGGCGCCGAUCGUCAACGCGCACAUUUUCCCGGGCCCGGCAAUUAUUACCGCCCUGGCCCAGGCGGCGCAGCGGGCGAUCCUAGCUUACAACACUUCCGUCUCGACCGAAUGCAGAGCGAGCCCCAGAUCAUCCGCAGUUGAUACGUGGGACGACCCAGAUGAGGACGACGACGACGAUAACUACACCAAUGGAGCAACUUCUGGCGACGAGUCCGAAACCGAGUACGAGCACAACGGCAGGAAGCACUCGGUAGUCUCUGUGAGCACCACCAUCAGCAUGAAGUCGGAAGCCAUCAGCCCGCAGCCAAGUUUGCGGCCUGCAAUAUCGCGCGUUUCUUCAGGCGACCCCGAUGACGAGGACGAGGGUGAUGAUCCGGAGGCCCUAGAACAUCUCGGACCUCCCCCAUACUUUCGCUCUUUGCUUCUCCUGGCUCAAAUGUCGUCUGCGAACAACUACUUCACGCCGGAGUACACAUCUGCAUGUUUAAAGCACGCCAGAGAGAAUAAAGACUUUGUCAUGGGCUUCAUUGCACAGCAGACGCUUAAUCAGGCACCAGACGACAACUUCAUCACCAUGACCCCAGGAGUGCAACUGCAAUCCGGCGGCGACGGUCUCGGCCAGCAAUACAACACUCCUCAAAAAGUGGUUAGCGAAGGGGGCACGGACAUCAUCAUUGUUGGCAGAGGGAUCAUCGCAGCAUCAGAUCGUCGCGCCGCAGCAUUAGAGUAUCGGAAACAAGGCUGGCAAGCUUAUCGUGAUCGCGUUCGUACUGCACGAAAGCAGCGGCGAUAG